AUGGGGAUGCUCCUUGUAUUGGGAUCUUUUCGGAAUGAUGGUUUGAAAGCUUCUGAUGUCCUUCCCAUUCUAAAGGAGAAAGUGGCCUUUGUGUCUGGGGGCCGUGAUAAGCGAGGCGGACCCAUCCUGACCUUCCCUGCCCGAAGCAAUCAUGACAGAAUAAGACAGGAAGACCUUCGGAAACUUGUGACGUAUUUGGCCAGCGUGCCAAGUGAGGACGUCUGCAAACGUGGCUUCACAGUCAUCAUCGACAUGCGGGGCUCCAAGUGGGACCUCAUCAAGCCCCUCCUCAAAACCCUGCAGGAAGCCUUUCCCGCUGAGAUCCAUGUGGCCCUCAUCAUCAAGCCUGAUAACUUCUGGCAGAAACAGAAGACCAACUUCGGCAGCUCCAAGUUCAUCUUUGAGACAAGCAUGGUGUCUGUGGAGGGCCUCACAAAGCUGGUGGACCCCUCCCAGCUGACAGAGGAGUUUGAUGGCUCUCUGGAUUACAACGACGAGGAAUGGAUUGAGUUGCGCCUGUCCUUGGAGGAGUUCUUCAACAGUGCGGUACACCUCCUGUCACGCCUUGAGGACCUGCAGGAGAUGCUGGCCCGGAAGGAGUUCCCAGUGGAUGUGGAGGGCUCUCGGAGGCUUAUCGAUGAGCACACACAACUUAAGAAAAAGGUGCUGAAGGCCCCUGUGGAGGAGCUGGACCGGGAGGGGCAGCGGCUGCUGCAGUGCAUUCGUUGCAGUGAUGGCUUCUCAGGGCGCAACUGCAUCCCAGGGAGCGCUGACUUCCAGAGCCUUGUCCCCAAGAUCACCAGCCUCCUUGACAAGCUGCAUUCCACCCGGCAACACCUGCACCAGAUGUGGCACGUGCGAAAGCUCAAGCUAGACCAGUGCUUCCAACUGCGGCUCUUCGAGCAGGAUGCUGAGAAGAUGUUCGACUGGAUAAGCCACAACAAGGAGUUAUUUCUUCAGAGCCACACAGAGAUCGGAGUCAGCUACCAGCAUGCACUAGACCUCCAGACACAGCACAAUCACUUUGCUAUGAACUCCAUGAACGCCUAUGUCAACAUCAACCGCAUCAUGUCUGUCGCCUCCCGCCUCUCAGAGGCCGGCCAUUACGCCUCCCAGCAAAUCAAGCAGAUCUCCACGCAGCUAGACCAGGAGUGGAAGAGCUUUGCUGCUGCCCUAGAUGAACGAAGCACCAUCCUGGCCAUGUCUGCUGUGUUCCACCAGAAGGCAGAGCAGUUUCUGUCAGGAGUAGAUGCCUGGUGCAAGAUGUGCAGUGAAGGCGGCCUUCCCUCUGAGAUGCAGGACCUGGAGCUGGCAAUCCACCAUCACCAGUCCUUGUAUGAGCAGGUGACCCAGGCCUACACAGAGGUCAGCCAGGAUGGCAAAGCACUGCUGGAUGUUCUGCAGCGUCCCCUGAGUCCUGGGAACUCUGAGUCUCUCACAGCCACAGCCAACUACUCCAAAGCGGUGCACCAGGUGCUGGACGUGGUACAUGAGGUGCUGCACCACCAGCGGCGGCUCGAGAGCAUCUGGCAACACCGCAAGGUGCGGCUGCACCAGCGGCUGCAGCUAUGUGUCUUCCAGCAGGACGUGCAGCAGGUACUGGACUGGAUUGAAAACCAUGGUGAGGCCUUUCUCAGCAAACACACUGGGGUUGGGAAGUCCUUGCAUCGAGCACGGGCACUACAGAAGAGGCAUGAUGACUUUGAAGAAGUGGCUCAGAAUACAUACACCAAUGCAGACAAGCUCCUAGAAGCAGCGGAGCAGCUGGCUCAGACUGGGGAAUGUGAUCCGGAGGAGAUCUACAAGGCAGCCCGACACCUGGAGGUGCGCAUCCAAGACUUUGUUCGCAGGGUGGAGCAGCGGAAGCUUCUCCUGGACAUGUCAGUCUCCUUCCACACACACACCAAAGAGCUGUGGACAUGGAUGGAAGACCUACAGAAGGAGAUGCUGGAGGAUGUCUGUGCAGACUCUGUGGAUGCGGUCCAGGAACUGAUCAAGCAGUUCCAGCAGCAGCAGACUGCCACCCUGGAUGCUACCCUCAAUGUCAUCAAGGAAGGCGAAGACCUAAUACAGCAGCUCAGGUCAGCGUCUCCCUCCCUGGGGGAGCCCACCGAGGCCAGGGACUCUGCUGUAUCCAACAACAAAACACCCCACACCAGCUCUAUCAGCCAUAUCGAGUCUGUCCUGCAGCAGUUGGACGACGCUCAGGUGCAGAUGGAAGAGCUGUUCCACGAGCGGAAGAUCAAGCUGGAUAUCUUCCUGCAGCUGCGCAUCUUUGAGCAGUACACCAUUGAGGUGACAGCAGAGCUAGAUGCCUGGAAUGAGGACUUGCUCCGGCAGAUGAAUGACUUCAACACAGAGGACCUGACCCUGGCAGAACAGCGGCUACAGCGCCACACAGAGCGGAAGCUUGCCAUGAACAACAUGACCUUUGAGGUCAUCCAGCAGGGCCAGGACCUGCACCAGUACAUCAUGGAGGUACAAGCCUCAGGAAUCGAGUUAAUCUGUGAGAAAGACAUUGACCUGGCAGCUCAGGUGCAGGAGCUACUGGAGUUUCUCCACGAGAAGCAGCAUGAACUGGAGCUCAACGCGGAGCAGACACACAAACGGCUGGAACAGUGUCUCCAGCUGCGGCACCUUCAGGCCGAGGUCAAACAGGUUCUGGGAUGGAUCCGCAAUGGAGAGUCAAUGCUCAACGCCAGCCUGGUCAAUGCCAGCUCUUUGUCAGAGGCAGAGCAGCUACAGCGGGAGCAUGAACAGUUCCAACUAGCCAUCGAGAAGACGCACCAGAGCGCCCUGCAGGUACAGCAGAAAGCAGAAGCAUUGCUCCAGGCCGGACACUACGAUGCUGAUGCCAUCCGGGAAUGUGCUGAGAAGGUGGCCCUCCAUUGGCAGCAGCUCAUGCUAAAGAUGGAAGACCGGCUGAAACUAGUUAACGCCUCUGUGGCCUUUUACAAGACUUCUGAGCAGGUGUGCAGUGUUCUGGAGAGCCUAGAGCAGGAGUACCGGAGAGACGAGGACUGGUGCGGUGGGCGAGACAAGCUGGGGCCGGCGGCAGAGAUGGACCAUGUCAUCCCACUCCUCAGCAAGCAUCUAGAACAGAAGGAAGCCUUCCUAAAGGCCUGCACUCUGGCUCGGCGGAAUGCUGAGGUGUUUCUCAAGUACAUCCACAGGAACAAUGUCAGCAUGCCCAGUGUUGCCAGCCACACCAGGGCACCUGAACAGCAAGUAAAAGCCAUCUUGAGUGAGCUCUUACAGAGGGAAAAUCGUGUCCUGCACUUCUGGACCUUGAAGAAGCGUCGGCUAGACCAGUGUCAGCAAUAUGUGGUGUUUGAGCGCAGUGCCAAGCAGGCAUUAGACUGGAUCCAAGAAACAGGAGAGUAUUACCUCUCAACACAUACCUCUACUGGAGAGACCACAGAGGAGACUCAGGAGCUGCUGAAAGAAUACGGGGAAUUCAGGGUGCCCGCCAAGCAAACGAAAGAGAAGGUGAAGCUUCUGAUCCAGCUAGCGGACAGCUUUGUGGAAAAGGGCCACAUCCAUGCCACAGAGAUAAGGAAAUGGGUGACCACGGUGGACAAGCACUAUCGAGAUUUCUCCCUGAGGAUGGGAAAGUACCGCUACACCCUGGAGAAAGCCCUGGGAGUCAACACAGAGGAUAACAAGGACCUAGAACUGGAUAUCAUUCCUGCAAGCCUUUCGGACCGUGAGGUUAAGCUCCGCGAUGCUAACCAUGAGGUCAAUGAAGAGAAACGGAAGUCAGCUCGAAAGAAGGAAUUCAUUAUGGCUGAGCUGCUCCAAACAGAGAAGGCUUAUGUGAGGGACCUACACGAGUGCUUGGAGACCUAUCUGUGGGAAAUGACCAGUGGUGUGGAGGAGAUACCCCCUGGGAUCCUCAAUAAAGAGCACAUCAUCUUUGGCAACAUCCAGGAGAUCUACGACUUCCAUAACAACAUCUUCCUCAAAGAGUUGGAGAAGUACGAGCAGCUGCCUGAGGAUGUGGGACACUGCUUUGUCACCUGGGCAGACAAAUUUCAGAUGUAUGUCACCUACUGUAAAAACAAGCCUGAUUCCAACCAGCUGAUUCUGGAGCACGCUGGCACCUUCUUUGAUGAGAUCCAGCAGCGGCAUGGCCUGGCCAACUCCAUCUCUUCCUACCUAAUUAAGCCUGUCCAGCGGGUCACCAAGUACCAGCUGCUCCUAAAGGAACUUUUAACUUGCUGUGAAGAAGGGAAAGGGGAACUCAAGGAUGGCCUGGAGGUGAUGCUCAGUGUCCCCAAGAAAGCCAAUGAUGCCAUGCAUGUCAGCAUGCUGGAAGGGUUCGAUGAGAACUUGGAUGUACAGGGGGAGUUGAUUCUCCAGGAUGCCUUUCAAGUGUGGGACCCAAAGUCGCUGAUCCGGAAGGGGCGGGAACGGCACCUGUUCCUCUUUGAGAUCUCCUUGGUGUUUAGCAAGGAGAUCAAAGACUCUUCAGGACACACGAAAUAUGUUUACAAGAACAAGCUACUGACCUCAGAGCUGGGUGUGACCGAGCAUGUAGAAGGUGACCCCUGCAAAUUCGCCUUGUGGUCUGGGCGCACCCCAUCCUCAGACAAUAAAACAGUGCUCAAAGCUUCCAACAUCGAAACCAAGCAGGAAUGGAUCAAGAACAUUCGAGAAGUGAUUCAGGAGAGGAUCAUUCAUCUUAAAGGAGCUUUAAAGGAGCCAAUCCAGCUCCCCAAAACACCAGCCAAACUGAGGAACAAUAGUAAGAGGGAGGGAGUAGAGGAUGGUGACAGCCAGGGGGAUGGGAGCAGCCAGCCAGACACCAUAUCCAUUGCCUCCAGGACCUCUCAGAACACAGUGGACAGUGACAAGGAUGGCAACCUUGUUCCUCGGUGGCACCUGGGACCUGGAGAUCCUUUCUCCACUUACGUUUAG